GUCAGCCCCGUCUCCGUCUGAAGAGUGCUUCUGCCCUCAUUUGCCUCUCCCUGUGACCCCGGCCCCCUCAGACUCCGCUGCGUCGUCUCUCGGCCCCGUCCAGCCGUUCCUGACUGCUCUUGGAUUUUCAGUGGCUUCGCCCCGAGGAGAGCUGACUGCCCUGGGCUGCUGCCUCCGGCAGAGCUGAGCCAAAAUGUCCCCGGAAUCUAAAAAGCUUUUCAACAUCAUUAUUUUAGGAGUUGCCUUUAUGUUUAUGUUCACUGCCUUUCAAACUUGUGGAAAUGUGGCGCAAACUGUCAUCAGGAGCUUAAAUAGGACAGAUUUUCACGGCAGUGGAUAUACCAGCAUGGCUAUUAUCUAUGGAGUGUUCUCUGCUUCAAAUUUGAUUACACCGUCAGUGGUUGCCAUUGUAGGACCUCAACUCUCUAUGUUUGCCAGUGGUUUAUUUUACAGCAUGUACAUUGCCGUUUUUAUCCAGCCUUUCCCGUGGUCCUUCUACACAGCCUCUGUUUUCAUUGGAAUUGCUGCUGCUGUGCUUUGGACAGCACAAGGAAACUGCCUGACAAUCAAUUCGGAUGAGCACAGCAUUGGGAGAAACAGUGGGAUUUUCUGGGCACUUCUGCAGUCUAGCUUGUUCUUUGGAAAUCUCUACAUAUAUUUUGCCUGGCAAGGGAAAACUCAGAUAUCAGAGAGUGACCGAAGAACAGUGUUUAUUGCCCUAACGGUGAUUAGCCUUGUGGGGACAGUUCUGUUCUUUCUCAUUCGGAAACCAGAUUCUGAAAAUGUCCUAGGAGAAGAUGAGUCUUCUGAUGACCAGGACAUGGAAGUCAACGAGUCUGCCCAGAACAAUCUGACAAAGGCAGUAGAUGCUUUUAAAAAGUCUUUUAAGUUAUGUGUCACCAAGGAGAUGCUCCUUCUUAGUAUUACAACUGCUUAUACAGGUCUGGAAUUAACUUUCUUCUCUGGUGUAUAUGGAACCUGUAUUGGUGCUACAAAUAAAUUUGGAGCAGAAGAGAAAAGCCUUAUUGGACUUUCUGGCAUUUUCAUCGGCAUUGGAGAAAUUUUAGGUGGAAGCCUCUUCGGCCUGCUGAGCAAGAACAAUCGUUUUGGUAGAAAUCCAGUUGUGCUGUUGGGCAUCCUGGUGCACUUCAUAGCUUUUUAUCUAAUAUUUCUCAACAUGCCUGGAGAUGCCCCGAUUGCUCCUGUUAAAGGAACUGACAGCAGUGCUUACAUCAAAUCCAGCAAAGAAGUUGCCAUUCUCUGCAGUUUUCUGUUGGGCCUUGGAGACAGCUGCUUUAAUACCCAGCUGCUUAGUAUCUUGGGCUUUCUGUAUUCUGAAGACAGCGCCCCAGCAUUUGCCAUCUUCAAGUUUGUUCAGGCUCUCUUUAAAGCAUGUUACAAGUAAUUAUCAACUAGAAACCAUUAUCCCCAUUUUAUAGAUGAGAAAACCAAGGCACAGAGAGAUCAAGUAACAUAUCCAAGAUGGCAGAGCAGGUAAGUGCAGAUAAGGACCCGCCUAAAUUUGUCCAUGUCCUGAUUGCUGGAACCUGUGAAUAUGUUAGUUCCAUGGUAAGGGGGAAUUGAGGUUGCAGGUGCAAUUAAGGCUGCUAAUCAGCUCACCUUGAGAUGGGGAGAUUCUCUGGAAUUAGCUGAAUGGGCCCAAUAUAAUGUCAGGUCCUUAAAGUGGAAGAUUAUCAGGGAACCUGCCCCCGAUAGUCAUGUAGGUUCUUUUCUAUUUUCCCUAAGCAUCCGCCAGGUUGAGAAAUAAAGGGACAGAGUACAAAAGAGAGAAAUUUUAAAGCUGGGCAUCUGGGGGAGACAUCACAUGUCGGUAGGUUCCUUGAUGUCCCACAAGCUGCAAAACCAGCAAGUUUUUAUUAGUGAUUUUCAAAGGGGAGGAAGUGUAUGAAUAGGGUGUGGGUCAAAGAGAUCACGUGCUUCACAAGGUAAUAGAAUAUCACAAGGUAAAUGGAGGCAGGGCGAGAUCACAGGACCACAGGACGGGGCGAAAUUAAAAUUCCUAAUGAAGUUUCGGGCACGCAUUGUCAUUGAUAACAUCUUAUCAGGAGACAGGGUUUGAGAGCAGACAACCAGUCUGAUCAAAAAUUUAUUAGGCGGGAAUUUCCUCCUCCUAAUAAGCCUGGGAGCACUAUGGGAGACUGGGGCUUAUUUCAUCCCUACAGUUUCGACCAUAGAAGAUGGCCACACCCAAGGGGGCCAUUUUAGAGGCCUACCCUCAGGGGCGCAUUCUCUUUCUCAGGGAUGUUCCUUGCUGAGAAAAAUAAUUCAGCAAUAUUUCCCCCAUUUGCUUUUGAAAAAAGAGAAAUAUGGCUCUGUUCCGCCCGGCUCACCAGCGGUCAGAGUUUAAGGUUAUCUGUCUUGUUCCCUGAACAUUGCUGUUAUCCUGUUCUUUUUUCAAGGUGCCCAGAUUUCAUAUUGUUCAAACACACAUGCUCUACAAUUUGUGCAGUUAACGCAAUCAUCACAGGGUCCUGAGGUGACAUACAUCCUCCUCAGCUUACGAGAUGACAGGAUUGAGAUUAAAGUAAAGACAGGCAUAGGAAAUCACAAGGGUAUUGAUUGGGGAAGUGAUAAGUGUCCAUGAAAUCUUCACAAUUUAUAUUCAGAGAUUGCAGUAAAGACAGGCAUAAGAAAUUAUAAAAGUGUUAAUUUGGGGAUCUAAUAAAUGUCCAUGAAAUCU